CUUGAACGCAUGCUGGCGGCCUAAAGGGUUACCCUGCAAGCUGACACGCAUCGGCUGCAUGUCGGUUGCAGUACAAUUGAUCGUGGUUGACGCUAAAUGCGAACCUCCAGUUAAGCUUAAUUUAAAUGCCAUACAUAAUCUUGAUACAUAAGGUAACUAAUCGUGUAGCUAUCUUGUAGUUGGCAAAGCUCUGUAUACCUCUAUAUACAUCGAGACCUCCAUACCUCUAUACAUCUAGACCUCUGGACCUCUAUACAUCUACACAUCUAACAUCUCUAUACAUUUAUAUCUCUAUACCCCUCCCCCCCCUUAUUUUCUUGUUUAACUCUAAAAUUGCACCGUCCAUUUCUUUUUCAAUGACGAUGGCAAAUAUAGCACGGAGAGGCUCUAUGACACCACAGCAGUGGGGUAAUAAGGAGAGCACUGGGACAGGGACACAAUCUGGCCGUCAGGCUUGCGAGAUUUGCAGAGAGCGUAAAGUUCGAUGUGAUCGCGCCGAACCUAGAUGUGGACGAUGUACUCGUCUAAGCCUACGAUGCGGUUACGAUAACAAGCGGCGUUCGACUCGAGAUGAUCUGCCAGCACAACUUUCACAGCUUGAGGACCGACUGGCCAAGGCCGAAGCACUCCUCUCCAUGCCUAGGAGUCAUACAAUUCCUACUCCUCCGCAUGUCGAAAAACCUCCAACUCCUACUAUGAUAGAUCCCACUAUCACAGAGAUGUCACAAUCUACCAACCAACCAAGCAAUGCCAUGGAAAUGGAUAUUAGUCUCCCGUGUGAGACAAGUUUAUCUUCUAUAGACGGGAGCGAUAUGGACCUUUUCACCAAUUGUAACGACUAUCCUGAAAGCACUUCCGGUUUAUCGUUAGACUGGACAACAUUAUCGCUCCCGCUCCUCGAGCCCACCGUGAGCCCGACUGCCCUAACACCGCCUAGCAUAUCCUUCCCGCCUCAAAUAAUGCCAUCUUCCAGCCAUGAAGAUGAAGUACCGGCAUGGGACUUGGCUGCGUUACAUCAGAACUACUUUGACUUUAUUUAUUACUAUCUGCCUUUUUUGAGCAAAGAACGUUUUACUGCCGAGCUCUCCACUAAUGGAAACUCACCCGCAUUCCGUGCUCUUAGUUAUGCAGUGGCCCUAAUGGGCUGCACCAUCUCAUUACAAUAUCAUCAUUUACAAAAUACGUACUAUACCAUGGCUCGCAACUAUGCCGAGCAAUGUGAACGAGAAGCAGCAGAAGGAGGCACGGCAAAUCUCAACCUAUUUCAGGCGCUCGUCUUCAUCAUAAGAUUCGAAAUCAUGGAUCAUAAACUAACGAGAGCCUGGCUGACGCUGGGACGUGCGGUGAGAAUGUCGAAAUUGAUGGGAUUACAUCAAAUGGACCAAAAUGUCAAGCAUGACGAUGUAAGCUUGGACAUGGGACUGUACCUCCCGCACACGGACGACCCCAUGCUCUUGGAGGAACGGAGACGUUCAUUCUGGGGCUUGUACAUAUUUGAGGGCUUCGUUCGCGUGCGUACUGGGAUGGAGUGUGACCUGGGUGCAGCCGAUGGAUUUGGCAUCUAUCUCCCGUCGCCCGGCUUACUAACGUCCGAGUUCACCCCAACCAAAAUGCCUUAUCUGGGUAAUUUAACGGCUGAUCCUUGUCCCGAAUUAUCAUCAUUUGCAGGCUGCGUUUUGAUGAUGGAGCUUGCUAUUAAGUGUUUCGACCAUGGACGACUAGCAGAGUACGCAUCAACAAGAAAUGGUUUCUGGGAUAGUCACUACAAUCUAGUGAGAGUAAUAGAAGAGCGCUUUACGAUGCUACAUAUGCAUCUAAACGCCAAAUCAGUCCGCGAGGAUCCCAUAGCUUUUAGCAUUUACAUGAACCUACGUGGUACUGAAAUCUUUUUCCACGAGGUUGCUGUCAAGUUGGUAGAGCAGCAGGGAUAUCCGAUUUUAGCCGCUGCUGAAAGCCAGAAGCGCUCGAUGGCUGCCGCCUACAAAGUUGCGAGUACUAUGCGUCUAAACUGGCCCUGUCAGCAGCUCGACCGCGAUAUCCUCAACCUACAGGCCACAUUCCUCGCGUGGCCUGUAGUGAUGGCUAUGAAGGCUCUCAGCCGCGAACUCAAAGGUUCCACACAACUAAAGAGCGAAAGUACGAGCAGCGCAGUGACAUCUUUACGGUUACUCCGAGCCGCGUUAGACUAUAUUGAGGAGUCAGAUGGAUACUGGCAUCGGUGUACAACAAACAUAGCGGCGGCGCUACAAGAGUGGGAUGAGACCAGCGGGUAUGACCCUAGUGACAUAUGACCUUUUUUUUUUUCCCCUACCAAGGUAUAGGAUAGGUAUUUACACAUGCAGGUGAAGUCAUCAUUGUAAUAUUUUUGCAAGGAAGGAGUAUAGGAUAUUCACAUCCCAACUUGGGUCAAGGCCGUGUCGCUCUGCCAGCAGCAUGGAUAACGGAUACAGCGCUAAGCAUAGAAAGGAGGGAAACAUCACCUCGGGAGUUUUCAUGCAAUUUAGACCCGCUUGGCUGUUUGAACAGCCCAAGCAAGCCCUAGCUAGAGCAGCAUAUUUUAUGUAGACAAGCGCAUAUACAGAUCGUCGCCGGAGUUUCUCAGAUGCGGCGGCUAAAAAUAGAAAAAAGUUUAAUCUA